GCCGUCUGCGAGUACUUGUGUGCGCUCUGGUGCGACCUCCUGCAGUAGUCCUGUGGCGGUGCUGCUAAUCUCCGCGGUGUCUCGUCUCAGCGCGGAACAGGACGGUCACCGGUUGCCAGUCGCCACGCCUUUGGGGAGCCUCUGACACGGGUCCGUUCUUUCCACCGUGGCAGGAUUCCUCCCUUUUUCUCCACGCACAUCAAUCACGCACGCUGCGGCGCCUGUUUGGAGUGUGAUCGGACUGCUGCGUGGACGUCAAUCAUUUCGGGGGUGGUUUUCGCAGGUCCACUCGUGUUUUCAUCGCUCGUCGGACAGCUACACGUCGGAUCAAGAAUGGGGCUCGCUGUGUAGUGGUGCCAGGAAUGCCCCAAACUGUGUGCUCAGGCACCAUGUUCACCACUCCUAGUGGCUUCAGCCCCCAUCUGGCCUGCGCUGAGCCUGAGGAGGAGGAGGAGGCUGCACAGGAGGGCCAGGGCCCGGCGGCUUGCUUGGCUGAUGGGCCCCCCAUCAGCUCUGCCUCACUGGAAACGCUCAUCCAGAAUCUCGUGCCUACUGCUGACUACUAUCCCGAGAAAGCCUAUGUGUUUACGUUCCUGCUGAGCGCCCGUCUGUUCAUCCCUCCUCCGGAGCUACUGGCCCGUGUGUGUGAGCUGUGCAUCAAGCAGCAACAGCUGGACCAGAGCCCACUUGAUACGACAGAUCAUACCGAUGAUGGUCUUGAUGUGACAAAACACGGACUGCAACUUGGCAAGACCCUCAACAGCCCUCAUUGUUAUGCAGACAUUUAUUCUUACUUACUGACUGAUGCCUCAUUUCAUUCUUCUUCUAUGCAGGCCUACUGGAAAACCUUAAACCAGGUGCUACAGAAGCUGAGCCAGAGGCUGGCCUUGAUGAGUCAGGAGGAGGAGAGCAUCGUCAAGGUCUCUCUCAAUGCCUCCCACAUCUCCGACAAGCUUGUGGCCUUCAAGACCAAGCCCCCACCCAUCCAGAAAGACAUGCUCUCCAUCUGCAAUGACCCUUACACACUGGCACAGCAGCUCACCCACGUGGAACUGGAACAUUUGAGUCAUAUUGGACCGGAGGAGUUUGUUCAAGCUUUCGUUCAAAAAGACCCCCUAGAUGGAACCCGGCAACAACCAUGCUUCAGUGACCAAAAGAAAACCUCCAACCUGGAGGCAUAUGUCAGGUGGUUCAACAGGCUGUGUUACCUGGUCGCGACUGAGAUCUGCAUGCCUGCAAAAAAGAAGCAGAGGGCCCUGGUGAUAGAGUUUUUUAUCGAUGUGGCUAGAGAGUGUUUCAACAUCGGAAACUUCAACUCACUCAUGGCCAUCAUCUCUGGAAUGAAUAUGAGUCCUGUGUCGAGACUGAAGAAGACCUGGGGCAAGGCCAAGACUGCUAAAUUCUUCAUUUUGGAGCAUCAGAUGGAUCCUACGGGAAACUUUUACAACUACAGGACCGCCUUGAGGGGAGCCGCUCAUCGCUCUCGGACGGCCAACAGCAACAGAGAAAAGAUUGUGAUCCCCUUUUUCAGCCUGCUCAUUAAAGAUAUUUACUUCCUGAAUGAAGGAUGCGCCAAUCGACUUCCCAAUGGCCACGUAAACUUUGAGAAAUUUGUGGAGCUAGCCAGGCAAGUUGGGGAAUUCAUGAUCUGGAAGCAGGUGGAGUGUCCAUUUGAGGAAGACCAGGCCAUCCUACAUUACCUCCACACUUCCCCCAUCUUCAGUGAGGACGGACUUUACCUCGCAUCCUAUGAGAGUGAGAGUCCAGAGAACCAGAUCGAAAAGGACAGGUGGAAAGCUCUCAGGUCAAACGUUCUAGGAAAGACAUGAGGCACUGACGGCAGCUUACCCUCUCGCCAGCGAGGGACCGCAUGUUCUCAUUGCACUAUAAAGAACUGUGAAGGAACCAAGCUGGUACUUAGGUGUUUUCUAUAAAGAAAAGUUGAAUUUAAAAAAAACAAACAAUGAUGAACAGGAUUCAUCAAGAAUAUGGUAUGAAGAAGAAAAAAAAGAUGUGAAAAUAAUGAAGCUACUGAACAAAUGAUGACAUAGUACCAUGAUGAAGAUGUUCAUUUUACUCUGUGAAGACAUGGUUACUACCACGGAGAGUACAGUUACAGGGAAAAACACUUUAUUACAUCAAAUUCCUACUGAUGCUGUUGUUGUUUUGGUAUUUGCUUCUCUCUUUUUCUCUCCCUCUUAGGUCAAAAGCCUCGAUAGCUAUUUUAUUUGACGUUUUUCUUACAUUGUAAUGUACUGUAAUGAAACUUUCCAUGAUGUGACGGGUGCUGGAUUGCCCAUUUCAGAUGUUGAGUUUUAUACUGUCAGUCUACUGUAGUGAAGGAAUUACUGCGUGUGCCUGGGAAGAUUGGGAAGUAUUUUAAAAUGUGUGUGGGCGCAUGUGUGUGUUUGUGCCUGUGUGCAUGCAUUCUCUUCACAUGAAGCAUCCAUGUCUACUGAGAUUGUCUUUUAUGAGAAUGACUGGAAAUCUUUAUUUAACUUUCAUUAGGUUUUUUUUUAUUAUUUAUUGUAUUAUAUUUUGUAGGGUGGGGGAAUAUGUGCUGUUGGAAAAGUGUUUACUCCUCUCAGAUGUAUUGUGCCAUGAAUGCGGGAAAACUACAGUUAGCUUAGCCACAUGUGUACAUUCAGCCCUCAUCUUUCUGUUCCUCAGGAAGUCUUUUCUCUUGACUGAUGUUCAGUUGUCUUGUUAUAUUUAUGGAGAUUUCUGUGCUGACAGAUGUAUUGUUUAUAUUGUACUUUUCCUUUGUUUAAUAUGAAGUGAUAUGGCAUGUUACAGUGGGUUAUUUCUUAAAGGGGAAUUGAAGCGAUUUCACCUUGUAUUGACUAUUACUGCAAGCUAUAAUGAUUAUGCAUUCUUACAGUACAUGUGAACGAAGGACAGUGUUACGUAAUGAAGGGAAAUUGUGCCAUACGAAUUUACUGGUUGUUCUGAAAAUUCAGGUCCAUCUUACGUGAGGUGUGAUUGUUUGUGCGUUUGUAUUUGGCCUUUUUCCUCAUGCUUUUGGAGCUCUUUAUAAGGAUGGCUUCAUAGGGAAGUGAGCAGAACCAGUGUAAUUAGAAGCAUUUCAAAACCACCCUCUUCUUUAUGAUUGCUUGAUGUCUGUAUUUCCUCUUUGAAAGACUAAUAAUUCUGCUCCUUAUUCAUAAACCUUCCCUGUAACCAUGCUAGAUCAUGCCACAGAUGUGGCGUGCAACCUAAGAUGACCGGUUCUGAUUACAUUUAUCCUGUGAUUUCGAUGACAAUCGACUACACAACAUCCAUUGCAUUCAAUUUUACAGCAGAUGUGUGUUUAAAAGAUGGGCUUCACCAGUGCUUUCCUUUUAUUUAGGUCAAACUGAAACCUUUGAUUCCAGCAUCACUGCAAAAUGUGUGUUCCUUAAAACCUUUAAUAAAGUAAGCCAUGCUCAGUUGUU